CUGGUGAUGGUUUUCAGGAACAUACUGCUGAGUCUAUGAUAUGUGAAAUAAUUGAUGUUUGUCUCUAUAUCAGGGGAAACUCAACCGAUGAAAUGGCCAAUGCGACUGAGAGUUGUUCUACAUCUUGCAGAAGCUCUGGAAUACUGCACGAGCAAAGGACGUGCGCUCUAUCAUGACCUUAAUGCAUAUAGAGUUCUAUUUGACGAGGAUGGUAAUCCUAGGCUUUCAACUUUUGGCCUUAUGAAGAAUAGUAGGGAUGGGAAAAGUUAUAGCACAAAUUUAGCAUUUACCCCUCCUGAGUAUCUCAGAACUGGUAGAGUAACACCAGAAAGUGUAAUAUAUAGCUUUGGAACUCUUUUGCUUGACAUUCUCAGUGGGAAGCAUAUCCCUCCAAGUCAUGCUCUUGAUUUGAUUCGAGACAGAAAUCUUCAGAUGCUGACGGAUUCUUGCUUGGAAGGACAGUUUUCUGAUGAUGAUGGAACCGAGUUGGUGCGCUGGGCAUCUCGAUGUUUACAGUACGAACCAAGAGAGAGGCCUAAUCCGAAGUCAUUAGUGGCUGCUUUGGCCCCUCUUCAGAAAGAGACAGAGGUUCCUUCACAUGAAUUGAUGGGUAUCCCGCAUGGUUCCACUUUAGCUUCAUUGUCUCCGCUUGGUGAAGCUUGUUCAAGAAAGGACCUGACUGCCAUUCAUGAAGUUUUGGAAAAACUUGGCUAUAAAGAUGAUGAGGGAAUUGCAAAUGAGUUAUCUUUCCAGAUGUGGACUGAUCAAAUGCAGGACAUGCUAAAUUGUAAGAAAAAAGGAGAUGCGGCUUUCCGGCAGAAAGAUUUUAGACUUGCAAUUGAGUUCUAUACACAGUUCAUUGAUGCUGGAACAAUGGUUUCUCCGACGGUACAUGCGCGCCGCAGUUUAUGUUAUCUUAUGAGCGAAAUGCCGCAGGAAGCGCUAGGCGAUGCAAUGCAAGCGCAAGUGAUUUCCCCUUUGUGGCACAUUGCAUCUUAUCUUCAGUAUGUUUCAUUGGGUGGACUUGGAAUGGAGCAUGAAGCACAAGUAGCACUCAAAGAGGGAACAACAUUGGAAGCCAAAAGGAGUGGACAAAAAUAAAGAGUGUGUGUUUUGUACAUAACACAGUUUCAUUGCAAUGGUUAUACUUAUACACAUAUAAUUAUCAUGUAUUAUUCAAGAAACAAAUGAUUGGAUGAUUAGUGUAAUUGGUGAUUGAACACCCCUACCCCUUUUUAUUGGGUAGGCUUGGAUGUUGGUUAAGUUCUUAUCCAUGAUUUGAUUUGAUUAA